AGACGAGGCAGCCCGGCCAGCCAGCGGCAGUCCAAAGCGCUGCUGCCCGCUCGGAGCGCUGCUGGGAGAGGCUGGCUGGCGAGCCCAUGGCAGUCCUGCAGUUGCUGUGAGCAGUGACAGCCCAGCCACCAACCCUCUCUGAGAUCUGCUUCCACCCAGUGGACUAUGGGGAACCAGCUGGCUCCGGUGCCUUCCUUCCUGCCCCCUCUGCAGGCCAUUCAUGUGGUGGUGGUGGGGCUGGAUGCGGCUGGCAAGACCUCCCUGCUGUAUCGCCUGAAGUUCCAGGAGUUCGUCAAGAGUGUGCCCACCAAGGGCUUCAACAUGGAGAAGAUACGGGUGCCGCUGGGGGGUUCUCGUGCCAUCACGUUCCAAGUGUGGGACGUGGGAGGACAGGAGAAACUGCGCCCGCUCUGGAAGUCCUACACACGCCGUACAGAUGGGCUGGUUUUUGUGGUGGACUCCGCAGAGGCUGAGCGCCUGGAAGAGGCCCGUGUGGAGCUGCACAGAAUCACCCGCUCCUCGGACAACCAAGGGGUGCCUGUGUUGGUGCUGGCCAACAAGCAGGAUGCGGCUCAGGCCCUCUCAGUUGCUGAGCUGGAGAAAGUUCUCAGCCUGCAUGAACUGGGGGCCUCCACCCUGAGCCACAUUCAGGGGUGCAGUGCUGUCACUGGCCUGGGACUUCAGCAGGGCCUGGAGAAACUCUAUGAGAUGGUCCUCAGGCGUAAAAAGCUCCUUCGCAACAGCAAGAAGAAGCGCUGAGGGUAUGGGGGAGAAAUACUGGUGUGUGAUCCUGCAGCUUGGACUGACUGGGACUUUGCACCUCUCGGACACAAUGUAUUACCUCCCAAGGCAUUGCUUUUGGACAGUACCUGGAUCAAGAAUAAGCAAGCACUCUUUUCCCAUUUGGAUGUGUGGAUUUGAAUGUUUGGACUUAUGGAGCCUGGAAGAGCCCUGGACAUAAAGGGGGGGGGGUCACCUGACAGUCUUCCCUGCCAUUCUGGAGAGAGAGGCUCCCCGGGAGAGGAAGAAAGUGUCUUCCAAAGAGUAGGAGGUUGCAGCCAGGGGAUCUGUUCAGCUCAUCUUGUCUCAACCACCAUUUGUUUGUAUCUUUUUUUUUAAAAAAAGCAUUCUUAUCAUGGGCCCUUUGUGGGUUCCUGGGUUUGUAUGUAUGUAUGUAUGUUUGUAAAGAAACAAAAUCUAAAUUAUUAAAUAGGCAGUUUGCAAAACUG